GGUAAACGCCGCGAUGCCCCAGGCUGCCGACAUGAUCAACCUGGGCUUCCUGUCUGACUCUGAGCGGGAGCUGAUCCUGGAGGUGCUGCAGCGGGACGAGGAGCUGAGAACGGCUGAGGAGCAGCGUGUGCGGAGUUUGAAAACAGAGUUGCUGGACAUAAAGAGGAAAGGGGCCAAACGUGGCAGUGGAAAAUACAGCCAGCGUACCUGUGGCCGAUGUCAGGAGCCUCUGAGCCGACUGACUGUUUUCUCCAGCAGCCAGUGUAAAGUCUGCAACCACCAUGUGUGCAACAACUGCCGAACAGUCCUCACCCAGGGAUCCUGGCUAUGCAGCGUUUGUGCCAAAGAGACGGAUCUGAAGAAAAUGACCGGUGACUGGUUUUACGAUCAAAGGAUCAACCGUUUCUCAUCGACGCCUGGACACGACCUCGUGAGAGUCUCCCUGAAAAAGAGACCUCAGACAAACAAACGUGAGACAACAGGAGAAGUGCUGUUAAAAAGCACAGAGAUAAACCCAGAUCCUCCCGCUCCUCCUGCUCCUGCUCCUGCUCCUGCUCCUGCUCCUGUGCCACGGGCCAGGCAGAAAAAUCCGAUCACAGAUAACAAAGGUUAUUCAAAAGAGAAAUCAGGAUCGAUUGCGUCAAAACAAUCGUUUGAAUCUAAGGAGGAGGAGGAGGUGUGGUCAAAGCCAACGCGCAGCGACACAGAGUCUGCAGAAGUCAACAGUAUAAGUAGCAACAAAACAGACACUGAGUCAGGCCAUGUGACCCCUGAGCAGCCAAGGAAGGAGAACCGAUCCGUUCAUUCCAGCCCAGCAGGAUCCACCGUUUCCAGUCUGACCGCUCUGGUCAAAGAUGACAUCACUAGCAUUGACUCCGCCAUCUCAGAAGCAAACAACGCUCCGGAAGCAGAACAAGUGAGUCCGAGUCCGGAGAUGGAUGUUGAUCGAAUCUUCAAGAAGAGCAUCAAGAAAUCCCAAAACCCUCCUGAGUUUGUAUCGACACUGGACCUGCGUGAUGGACCUGACAAAUCCCAGGCCUCCAUGGGCAAAAGGAGCCGAUCUGUACCAGGCCUAGACAUACAGGAAGACGGAGAGGAGGAGGAAGAUAUUGACAGUCUGGUUAGCUUUCAUAAAAGGACAAUAGCUUCCAGCUCCUACAGCCUGCGUAGCGCAAACUCAAAGAGCACACUGGGAAGCCUGAUGAGUAUUUACAGUGAGGCGGGAGACUUUGACAGCGUGGAUGUUAGCGGAGACGUCGUCUUCUCUCUGAGCUAUGACGAACACACCCAGAGCCUCCACGUCUUCAUCAAGGAGUGCCACGGGCUAGCCUACGGGGACGCCUCUCGACAGCUUUCAAACCCUUAUGUUAAAUGUUAUCUGCUCCCGGACAAAUCUCGCCAGAGCAAAAGAAAGACCAGCAUCAAGAGGAACACCGUCAACCCCGUCUACAGUGAAACACUGAAGUACUCCAUCAGCCGUUCGCAGCUGUUCACCCGCUCGUUGUUGAUAUCAGUGUGGCAUCAUGGUCGCUUCAGCCGGAACGCCUUCCUCGGAGAGGUGGAGAUCCCUCUGGACACCCGAGACCUCGACUCCUCGUACGUGGACCGCGUGGCUCUCAUGGCGAAGUCAGUCUGUGCUGUGCCAGCUUCAGCUUUUUCUCAGUACAAAGGAGAGUUGGUGAUCUGCUUGAAGUAUGUCUCACCUACAAAGCCAGCAACUGAGAAAACCAAAGGCAAAAAAGCAACGACUGACGGAGGGGGAGAACUGCACGUCCUCAUUAAAGAGGCAAAGAAUCUGAUUGCAAUGAAACCAGGAGGCACAUCGGACAGCUUUGUAAAAGGGUACUUGUUCCCAACAAAGGCAAAGACCACAAAGAGGAAGACUCCAGUGGUGAAGAAGAACCUGAACCCUCACUACGACCACACGUUUGUGUACAAGGAUCUGGCUCUGGAGCAGCUGCAGGAGAUGUGUCUGGAGCUGACUGUGUGGGACCGAGAGGCCAUGUCCAGCAACGAGUUCCUGGGAGGAGUCCGUCUCAGCUCCGGAGAAGGCUCUGUGAAAAUUGGAAAAGGGGAAGUGGAAAUGGACUCACUUGGAGAGGAAGUCAGCCUGUGGAUGAAGAUGAUGCAGUACCCAGACUCGUGGGCAGAGGGCAGUCUUCCACUGCGCGCCACGAUGGGGAAGGGCAAAUGAGGACGCCACACAGACGGCCCGGACCCUCGAAAAGAAUCCAGAGGCUGAAACAGGGGAGAGGCUGCAAGUUCUGAGACAAAUAUGAGGUUCUGGAUUAUCAUAUCUUGCAAUCUUAUUAUCUUACUGUGUAUUAAAACGAGCCAUCAACAGCAGAUUUAAGCAGACACACAGUUCAUUGGCCUGCUGAACACCUGCCUCCCUGUAUGAGCUACACCUUGUUUAAACCGACUGGUUUAAUUGUUGAAAAUGUGCCAAAACAUCACAACACUAAACUUUAUUUUAAGAGCCUUGACACAGUCAUUUUUAUGUUUUUAAAAUUCAGGCUUGUAUAUAUUAUUGCAAUUCAAAUGCAUGCACAGCACUUAGCAUACAAAGAGUCACUUAUUUCUUUAUAAUUGUGUACAGAAUUACACCGAUGUGUGGGAAAACAAGUCAUUAUAAAGUGGUAUUACACAAUAAGUUCUGGUGUUGCAUCAUACAAAUCUUAUCAUGUAAAAACUAUAUUUAUAUAAGUUGCAUAAAAAAGUUCUAUUCGAAAUUAUAAAUUUUGUCCAUUUGCAUAUAUAAAAUGUAGAUUUUUAACAUUUUAACUGUGUGUGAUCAGCCGGAUCAACCUCAAGGUUGCCAUGAAUAUUCUGUUCACCCAAUAAAGAUUUUACUAAACCCAAA